AUGAACUCCCGGCUUGAUCCUCGCGCGGAUCUCGUUGCACCUGUCCUGGACCACAGAGCCUUUCGAUCGCGCCCGAGGUCGACCGUCUCCGACUACGAUCCACGGCGAGGCUCUGGCUAUGGCGUGCCGCCCGCCUCCUACCCAAAGAGGAAGCCUUGCUACGAUUGGAUCUUCUCUAGCGCUUCCAACGUCCACGUCGCCGUCGAUCGGUCAAACUUCACAAGUUACACGCCCUUCAGAUCUUACGUCUUGGCGGUUGCCGACCAGCGCCAGGUUCCUGUCAAAGGCAUUAGCACUGUCGAGCUCAAGAUCCGUCGUCAAGCUGGUAGCAAGGACAGCCACAAAGUUGUGCUCGAGAAUGUGCUUCACGUUCCGAGCUGGCUGUGCAACAUCCUCUCCGACAUUCACUUCAUGCCGUCCCAAGAUUUCGAGCACAACUGGUCUGAGUUCGGCGUCAGCUUCCAACAACAAAAAGAGGGCAAGUGGAAGCCUUGGGGAUAUACUGAGAAUUUCUGCGGUUUAGAAAAGAUUGUGUUCUCCAAGCGUAUGCAUGGGCGCAGCCCGAUGCUCGAGGAUAGGGAUCGUGAGAUUUUCUCGGUGAAUGUCACUUGGCCUCAACACCAGCGUGACAAGUACGCCAUGUUGGUUGAGGAACAGGAGGGCCGACUUGCGGAGGAAUCUCAGAGAAAGGCGAAGCUGGAGGCAGAUAAGGGAAAUCACGAAGAUGCGAAGGAGGGCGCAAGCACAGAGCCCGCAGCCGAGCACGUCAAUGAGACUGAACCGAGCAACAUAAAGCCUGAUCAGGAUGCGGGUGGUCUUCUCGAUGUUACAGACCUCUGCAAAAGCCUGAAAUCAAGCCCAACGGCGGCUAUUGAAGAUAUCCGGGUUCCCCUGGCUCCCAUCGACCAAAAUCUGAAGGUGAAGCGAUCAUUCCGCACCAACAGCUUGAGAGUGCCUGGCAAAUCUGCCUUCCGUGAGGCUCUCCCGUGGAGAAGGAGUGUCGAACAGUGA